AGACAUUUGAUCCACGUAUCCCUUCCCUUCUUCAAUUUUGUGCUUCCUCCUCCGGUCCUCCCCACCAUCUCCCUCUCUCAUUCACGGUGCCUUCUCAUCUUCCAAAUCUCAGAACCAUCUACCUCUCUCAUUCAAGAUAGAAGGGAUUUGAAGAACGAAGGAGGAAGAAGAAGAAGGGAAACCUAAACCUAAUCCCCUUUUCUCUGAUAGAAAUGGAUCCAAACGAAGUGAAAUCCAAACUCUCCAAUUUGGCCUUCGGAAAUGUAAUGGCCGCUGCUGCCCGUAAUUAUCAAAAGGAAAUUGUUGCUCAAGAGAAAGCCCAAAUAUCAAGUUCUGUAAAUGAAGUUGACCUUGAUGAGUUGAUGGAUGACCCUGAGUUGGAAAAAUUGCAUGCAGAUAGGAUUGCAGCUCUUAAGAAAGAAGCAGAGAAACGAGAGUCUUGGAAGAAGAAAGGUCAUGGGGAAUACAGGGAGAUAACUGAAGGGGAUUUCUUAAGUGAAGUCACUGGAAGUGCAAAAGCGAUAUGUCAUUUCUACCAUAGGGAGUUCUAUCGAUGCAAGAUAAUGGAUAAGCAUUUAAAGGACCUUUCUCCAAAGCAUAUUGACACAAAGUUCAUCAAACUUGAUGCAGAGAAUGCGCCAUUCUUUGUUGCAAAACUGCAAGUCAAGACUUUACCCUGCAUCAUCCUGUUCAGACAAGGAGUUGCAUUUGAUAGAUUGGUAGGAUUUCAAGAUCUGGGAGGGAAAGAUGAUUUUACUACAAAAAAGCUCGAGGCUAUGCUGAUAAAGAAAGGUAUAAUUGACGAUAAGAAAAAUCAGAAUGAUGAAGAGGCUGAAUAUGAUGAAAGUGCACGUAGAACUGUUAGAACCUCCGUGGCUGCUGAUUCCGAUUCUGAUUAAAAUUAAUCAGCUUGUGGAAAACGAAAAAGAAUGUGCAUUUCGUCUUCGAAUCUUAUUGGAUUUUUGGCUUGUAUAAUCAUAUUUUUACAUUUUCUAUGAGCAGUUUGAAUCUAGUGUAAUCCUUUAAGCUAAUGUGACAUAAACGAUACUUAGAGUGCAUCAAAAUUAUAUUUAAUGUUAUUUAGUAGUUAUAUCAAAA